AUGCCAUUAGCAGCGCGGGUCUCACUCGCUGCCCAGCGUACCAUCCGGGAUGCCUUCAACGACCUUGAACGGACGAUUUCAAGCGAGGAUAGUGCUGACUUCGCUACCACUACACUGGAUAAGGUCAUUAAGGCUGCUCACGAUGUUGAAAACCAACUCGCGGCUCGGCAAUUGCUGCGGAACAUGCGGCGUCUGACUCCGCUGUUUGAUGGCCUGCAGCACUACUCAAAGUCUAUUGAAGCGGCCUGCGAGGGUACCCCAAACAUGGCUUGGAUAUGGGCUCCGAUUAAGCUUAUUUUGAAGGUCUCGUCCGAUUACGUUGAUGCGUUUGAUAGAAUCAUCGGAGCGUAUAGUCGCAUUGCAGAGCCUUUGGCUCGAUUUAAGAUUCUGCAUCAGACAUUCGAUGAAAAUGUGGAGGUCCAACAGACGUUCGCCCUAUUUUACUCCGACAUUCUCAAAUUUCAUAAAGAAGCCUACAAAUUCGUUCGUAGAAGCGGUUGGAAAGUGUUUUUCAUGACAUCCUGGGGUCACUUCGAGCGCCGGUUCGACGGCAUUAUCAACGACCUCAAAGCUCAUGAGAAGCUCGUUGACAGCACUGCCAACGUAGUAGGUCUUUCACAGAUGAAACAGAUGAGGGAGAAUGUGGAGGCCUUGCGACGCGAGGCGGCAGAACAGGUCGACAGACAAGAAAAGGAACGCACAGCGAAACAAUUACUCGACUUAGUCGGCUGGCUCAAGGUCGACAACAACCAACAGGCCAAUAUUUCCGACAUGAUCACGGCUGAACUCCAGAAGUAUCCCCAAACGCGUGACUGGAUUUUGGACCAGAAGAGGAUCUCAACAUGGAUGAAGUGUAGUAUGGAAUCGACAUUUCUAGUUCUACAUGGUCACCCAGGAACUGGAAAAAGUGCCCUGGCGACCCGAAUAACGGCUUUUCUAAGGUCUUCGGGUAAUUCCAUGGUCGUUUCUUACAUAUGCACAUAUUCGCAAGGAGCAUCAACAGACUAUGACCAAAUCAUCCGGUCAAUUUUGCUGCAGCUAAUCCAGCAUAACAGCGACCUAAUUGCGUAUAUCUACGAAGAAUUCAUCCUUAAGCAGAAGGAUGUCAAGGCGCAAGUAAUAGAGAGCUUGAUACUAGAGGUAAUCGGGGCAAUUUCCAACAAUCCAUCGCAGACAACAUACGUCCACGUGGUAUUGGACGGGCUAGAUGAAUGCGACAAGGAGAAGCAGCCUAAAGUCAUCAGCUUGCUGGAGCGAAUGGUGUCCAAGGCCUUUGCCACCACAUCGACGGUCUGCAAGGUAUUAGUGACAAGUAUCAUGCCGCCAGCAAUUUCCAGAAAGCUGAAGCAGAAGCAUUGCAUUUCACUUUCAGGGGAGAAGGAAAAGGAAGCCCUGAAGAAAGCAAUAGCAACCUAUGCUGCCCAGAGACUUGGCGAGCUGAAGUCUAAAAUGGACUUCAAGGUGUCCGAACUCAAAAGUCUCGAGCUUCAGUUGGCAACGAAGGCUGAUGGCAUGUUUCUUUGGGCUCGACUUGUGUUAAAUUACCUGACAAACAAUAUGUUUGUCCAGAAGCGUGAAGUUGUGGAAGCCGUCGAUGCUCUCCCUCAUGAACUAAGCGAAUUGUACGUCAAGCUGCGAAUAAAUGACGGCGUCAAUGUGGAGGAGCUGGCCCCGACUUACCUCUUCGACAUGUGUAUGCCCCUCAUUGAAGAGCGAAGUGACACGACAUUUGCCUUCAUACACAUCUCAGUAAAAGAUUUCCUCAUGAGUUCUAAAAGCACGGUCUGUCUGGACGAGUUCAACCAGCUACAAGACCAGGGCCUUUCCAUCGCAUCUUGUCUAUUGUCAGGAUUGCAGGUCUUCCGGCCGACAUAUCCAAGUCUAGACCGACGGUUGCGUGUACUUCGUGGCUUCCAUGGCCUUCACGUAUAUGCCUCGGAGUACUGGGCUGGAUAUUUACUCAGCAUUGCUACUUCGAGAAAAGGCCUUGACACGAAUUCCCUAUUCUUUCGUCGGUCACAUAAGCUUUCGGUGGUUCUGAAUUCUUUUCGCCAAGCUAAGAAUCCAGAGAUCCUGAUCCAAGGUUUGGACCAUCAGAUUUGCGGUCUCGAUAGCCAUCCUGAAAUCCAAGCUGCAGUGAGAGCCAUUGAGUCAGAGCGAAUAAGAAAGCCCGUUGUCAGUAAUCACGCCGCAGAUGACCUUGUUAUCAUCAGCGGCCUCAGCACACUACUUUUCAACUAUCAGAACACGGUCAAAGAGUUGUUGCAGCUAUUCAACCAUCCGAGGGUUACGGUGCAGGAGCUUGAGAAGUUCAAGCAAGACUUUCGCUGCUCCGCGUACACCUGCAGCUUCUCAUCUUGCCCACUAGCUAGCACGGGGUUUGAGACCGAAAAGCUUCGAAACGAGCACGAAAUGACGCAUAGCCCACGAGUCCCUUGCGAGGUGCCAGGCUGCCAAUACCCUGCCUUCCCUUCCACCUCGGCUCUGAAAAGACAUCAAGCUAAAGAACACGCGAAGGGUAUUUCCAAGUAUAGGAUCAGAGCACCUUCACAGAAAACCAAAUCAAAGAACUUAUCUGGCUCAAAACGCAAAGCUCCGAUUAAUCAUUAUCCACAUGAGAAAGCCUCGCACCCCGACGAGAGUGAUCCUGACGAAUUUGAAAUCGAAGCGCCAACGGGGAUGAGCAUGGAAUUCGCGGUCUCGGAUGAUGUACAGAACGGUGAUGGCUGGCACGCAGUCUCCAAUCCGUCUGCGGAUACCAAGCUGGACAUCAGCCUUGUACGAACGUUGUAUCCUGACAGUGUGGUUUCUUGCGUUCGCUUCAGCUUCGACGGCUUGUAUCUUGCGGUGGGUUCUUACGAAAAGGCCGAGGUCUACACAGUAGCGCGGGGGGAGCUUGUCGCCGUCUUGAAUAACGGUAAUAUCUCAGGCGUUCAAAGCAUGUGCUUCUCCUCAGACAGCAGCUGCCUCGUUGUUGGCAGCGAGGACAUGUUGGUUCGUGUAAGUAAAACUGACCUCACAUUGAUGAAACUGCACCCGGGAUGCCAUGCAGAUUUGACAGGACUUUACAGAUCUUCCACACUCGGACAGGUCGGGUCCUCAGGACCCUUGAAGAGCAUAGAGGCACUGUGUAUUCCGUCGACGUUUGCCGGAUCAGCCACCCAGGAGCAUUCCGCCAUGGAAAUGGAGACUUAA